AUGCAUUCAUAAAUCUCACUAUCAGAAAUGUUCAGAAGUUAUGAGCAAGACUAUAAGGCUCAUAUGGAAUCAGUUAUGUUGGAUCUCUUGAAAAUGAGUAAGGAUAGAAGGGAUGAAGCAGAUAAAAGUUUCUCCAAAGUAUCUGAUGAACUUCAAUAGACAGAAUAAUGCAUCAAAUAAAUGGAGUUGGAAGCCUCCACUCUGCCUGGUAGUUAUAAAAAGGAAUUGAUGGAAACAAUUAAGUAAUAUAAAAGGGAUAUGGCAAAAGUGGAGAAGGAUUUUAAAUAAUUAUAGUUGGAUCAAUAAGAAGACUCAAGCAGAGAAAAAUUGUUUAAUGACAGAUAAAUCAAUCAAGCCUUGCUAAAAUAAGAAGAUCGUUUAAUUCGACAAACUUUAGAAUUAGAAGCAGCCAAAAGAACUGCUUAUUUGACUGAAUAAUAGGCAAAUCAAAUCUCGCUCAAUCUUCAUUCUUAAUCAAUGACUUUAGAUAAUUCAAUUAGGAAGACGUAAUAUAUCAGAGAGGACUUGGGAGAAUCUAAUAAUUUAGUGAAAAUUAUGAAAAAUAGAAUAAUGAAAAGAAAGUUUAUAGUCUACGGAGUUUUUGGUUUCCUAGGUCUAUGUUUAGCAAUUGCCAUAAUGAGUUGGUUUAUUUGA